CCAAAUAAUCGUGAAAUUAACGACAAACAGCACCACUCAACGACAACGACACCGACCCAUACCGUCAAUAUCAACCGAACUCCCCAAGAAAUAUAAAAUGCCCGAAUCAGGUCACAGACUCUAUGUUAAGGCAAGACAUCUCUCUUACCAGAGGGGAAAGCGCAACACCAACCCCAACACCUCUCUCGUCAAGAUUGAGGGUGUGGACAGCCCCCAAGAUGCUUCCUUCUACCUAGGAAAGAAGAUUGCGUUUGUCUAUAGAGCCUCGCGCGAAGUCCGCGGAUCUAAGAUCAGGGUCAUCUGGGGGAAAGUUUCCAGGCCGCACGGAAAUAGUGGAGUUGUUCGCGCCAAAUUCCGCCACAACCUCCCCCCUAAGUCUUUCGGAGCUUCUCUUCGUAUUAUGCUGUAUCCUUCCAACAUUUAAAUACGUCGCGUUCUGUUGGGCGAGGGAGUUCCAAUAAAAAAUGUUUCACUUGUAUGACCUCUUUUCUUCUCUUUUUUUCUAAUUUUCAGGGGGAUUUUUCCCCCCUCGGCGCAAAUAAUGCCAUGGUGAGGUGAGAUGUUUGAGCACUCGCCCAAACAAAAAUAAUAGAAUUCCUGAGAUCUGGUCUCAAUUUGGGAAUAUGGUCAAUGUGAUUACGCUCGCACUAUACUCGAGUACUCGUACGUGCUUUUCUCCUUCGA